CGUGACUCAUUCACUGCUCUGCUCAACACACUCCAGGCUGGAAGGAUGGAGCUUUUCCUCCUUGACUACCCCUUUACCUGUCUUCUCAUUGCCUUUCUAGUCCUCUACCAGGUGAAACCUGCAUUCAGAUUCUUCUGCAAGAUGACCUUCUAUAAGUUGUGGCUCUUCACCAUAAGCAUUGGGGUUGCCAUCCUCAGUAUUCCUCGUGGACGUAACGUGGACAACAUGAUGUUUUUGCGCAUAUUGACCCGGCCACUCAAACACAUCUUUGGUAUUCAGAUCGUGGUGAAGGGCAAGGAGAACCUCAGGACUAAGAAACCUUUUGUCCUGGUGCUGAAUCACCAGACCUCCCUUGACAUCUUGGUGAUGAUGGAGGUCCUGCCGAAGCGCUGCGUGCCCAUUGCAAAGAAGGAGAUCCUGUACAUGGGCACGUUUGGCCUGGCCUGCUGGCUCGCAGGGGUCAUCUUCAUCGACCGCAAGAGGAGAGAAGAGUCCAUUGGCACACUGACAGAGGUGGCACACUCCCUGCACAAGGACAACCUUCGUGUCUUGAUCUUCCCUGAAGGAACUCGUAACCGUGGUGGCUCCAUGCUGCCCUUCAAACGUGGGGCCUUCCAGCUGGCUGUGAAAGCCCAGGUCCCCAUUAUUCCUGUAGUGUUUUCUUCCUACAACAGCUUCUACAACCAGAAGGAGAAGAAAUUUACAUCAGGAACGUUGAUCAUCCAGAUCCUGCCACAAGUGGAGACGCUGGGCCUGAGCCCAGAUGAUGUUCCCAAGCUGACAGAGCAGGUCCGUGACUCCAUGCUCUCCACCUACCAGGGGAUAUCGGGAAUGACGAACGGAGCUUCCCAUUAGGGAUCCCAUCUUCCAGCUCCAGCUGCUUGUGCCCCAGCUGAGGGGAGCCCAUGGCAACCACAGGAAACUUUGGCAGCAGAGACAACUGUGAUUGCAACAUUGACAUACCAGAGACAGGCAAAACAUCCACAAGGGAGAGAAGCUUCCAAGGGGAAUGUUGCUGUGUUCCUCCCAGACAACGGUGCCACCCAGGGGGACAGACACACAAUGGACAGAUGGACAUUUCUGUGUAAUCACAUUGUUGAGAAUGUCCCACCAGCUGGACCCUUCACGUGAUCAUCGCUGCCUGCUUAUAACCACCUUCCCCUGCUCACAUCCUACGAGGCGAAGGCAUUGAUCCCAAGCCUGUGACCAUGCUGCCUUGGGCUUUGAGGGCUGCCACAUUCCCCUGGAACACACUCAGGAGAAGGCACUCCAUGGGGAGGAUUUGGGAGGUACCCCUGCCAUGAGAGACAGAAACCAAGGCAGCUUUGGGACAGGGGAAUUAAAGACCUUACAUGUGUCUACAGGG